UAAGAAAUAGAUUGACUUCCGUUUGUUAAGCGCACGUUUCCUCUUGCGGCUCUGAAUCGUAAAGGCGACGAUUCUUUCUGUUUGCUGGUAAAGAAACAAAGACAAAAUGAGCAAGGCACACCCUCCCGAGUUGAAAAAGUUCAUGGACAAGAAGCUUUCGCUUAAGUUAAAUGGAGGCAGACAUGUGCAGGGCAUCCUUCGAGGGUUUGACCCGUUUAUGAACCUGGUGGUGGAUGACACUCUGGAAAUGGGACCAGGAGGACAGCAGCAAAUCAUUGGCAUGGUGGUCAUCCGAGGGAACAGCAUCAUUAUGUUGGAGGCCUUGGAGAGAGUAUGAGACUGGCUGCAAGGGGCAUGUGUGUGGAUACUUUUUUUUUUUUUACAUGGUUAAACUGAAGCAAGACAACUGUUUUUGAAUUGUAAAACGUUUCAUGGCUUUGUUGUGAAUAAAUAAUUUUCUUUGUA